GCCUGUUUUAGAUAAACCUUCUUUUUGUGGCCGAGAUUGAAAAACUAGGUUCAGGCAACUAGUGUUUUAAUUGUUAUUCGAGCAUGAGGUCGAUUAGAUUUUUUUUAUUGGCAGAUGCUACAAUGAUGAACGCAUAUGCUCGUAAAGAAAACAAUACUCUGGACACUGUGGUUUACAACUUAGUUAAAGAAGAUCUUGAGAAAGAUGACAUCAUAUUCAUCAGUGAUUAUCUGAAUUACCAAGUCGGAAUACUUUGUACACUUCAAGGAGAAUGGGUUAUAUGGGGCUAUUUUCCUACUCCGAAGCCAACUGUGUCAAAUGUUGUAGCGUUCUACAACGAAAUGCAUCGAUUGGGAAUCUCCACACGAUUUCACAUAUCGAAGUGUUGAAAUAUAUCUGAAUAUUUAAUAUUAUUUAUCCCAGAACUAAUAUCGCGUAUCUCAUAUGCACUUGAUUUAUGUUAGAAUAGAGUUGAAUAAAGACGACUUUGUGAUAUUUGAAGGUUCUAGGGACAUUUGAGUACAGUCGGUUCUGUCUAUGGAUUCAUUUAAAAUGGAUACAAAAUGCUUUAUAAAACAAUGAAAUAGAGCAUUUCGAUCGAACAUUGCAAAUUAUCGACCAGAA